UCCUCGUAGUGCUGUUGGGACCGUUGGUGUGCGAGGUCUUUGCAGCUUCUGGCGUCACUCGGAUCCUGGGCUCUGCGAGCUGAACGAGCCGAGCUCGUGGGCCAGUCAUCAUGUCGCGCUACGGGCGGUACGGAGGAGAAACCAAGGUGUAUGUUGGUAACCUGGGAACAGGUGCUGGCAAAGGAGAGUUAGAAAGGGCUUUCAGUUACUAUGGCCCCUUAAGAACUGUGUGGAUUGCAAGAAAUCCUCCUGGAUUUGCCUUUGUGGGAUUUGAAGACCCUAGAGAUGCAGAAGAUGCAGUUCGAGGCCUGGAUGGCAAGGUGAUUUGUGAUUCCCGAGUGAGGGUUGAACUAUCAACAGGCAUGCCUCGGAGAUCUUAUUUGGAUAGACCACCUGCCCGACAUCCCUUUGAUCCAAAUGAUAGAUGCUAUGAGUGUGGUGAAAAGGGACAUUAUGCUUAUGAUUGUCAUCGCUAUAGCCGACGAAGAAGAAGCAGGUCACGGUCUAGAUCACAUUCGAGAUCCAGAGGUAGACGAUAUUCUCGCUCACGGAGCAGGAGCAGGAGCAAGAGCAGGGCAAGGAGGUCAAGAUCAGCAUCUCCUCGACGAUCAAGAUCUGUAUCUCUUCGUAGAUCACGAUCAGCUUCACUCAGACGAUCUAGAUCUGGUUCUAUAAAAGGAUCGAGGUAUUUCCAAUCUCGGUCAAGGUCAAGAUCAAGAUCCAGGUCUAUUUCACGACCAAGAAGCAGCCGAUCAAAGUCCAGAUCUCCAUCUCCAAAAAGAAGUCGUUCCCCAUCAGGAAGUCCAAGAAGAAGUGCAAGUCCUGAAAGAGUGGACUGAAGUUCUCAAGUUCACCUUUUAGGGAAAAGUUAUUUUGUUUACAUUAUUAUAAGGGAUUUGUGAUGUUUGUAAAAAGUAACCUAGGAAGGUUAUUUCGACCAUCUAAUCAAAAUGGAUCUGGAUUAUUACUCUGUAAAUUCACAGCAGUAAGAUAAUAUAAAUUUUUGUUGAAUGUAUUAACAUCUUAUGGUUUGCAAAUGUGAGUUUUUAUUUGGCACAUUUAAAUAAAAUGUUUCUAACUAGAUUUUUGAUCUGUGUUCAAUAUUAAUACUUGGUAAGCUUCAGUAGUCAACCUUGAUAUCAACCAUAUAAGUACAGACCUACAUUCAAAGUUUAAUGGUGUGGAGUCUUCAACAUCAUUAACUAGUAUCUAUACAGUUGGAAAAUUCCCUUUUACCUAUAGAGGUUUGGGUAAUAUAACUCAAAUCCUCCUUAAUAGCAUGAAUGCAUCAUGACAAGUCCCUGAAUUAAUCGGAGUUACAUAUUAUCAGGCUAAUGAUAUCAAUCUGUCAAGCUAGAGAAACCACUGAUUUGCCUAUAAAUAAGCGUGACAACUAAACCAAGAGCUUAUUAAAGAAGUAAUUGGACUCAAUGCUUGAACUGAAUUAUUUUUCAGCUCUAAGUACAGUGACAGGUUUUCAGGCUAUUUGAUGGGAUGUCAAUCAGAACUCGAUUUUAGGAAGUUCUCAGUGUUACUUGAGACAAUUUUAUAACAUUUUUGCAUGUUUGAGGAAUUGUCUAAAUCUGGGACAAAAUAUCUUCAUGUAAACCAGCUUUGCAAAAUUUUCCAGACACUCUUCUCUAUCCUUUCAAAUGGAUUGCCUUAUUUUGAGCAGAGAUCUGUUAAUUCUAAGCUAGAUUUUUUCAAUUCCCAACCACCAACAUAACUAUCUUAUUUUGCCAGGCUGGUACAAAGUGAUUAAGGAUGUCAAGCAGAAAUGUUCAUGAGACAGUUUUGUAAAUCUCACCUAUAUUUAGCAAUACCUUACGUAGUUUUUUGGUAGCAUCAGGUAGACCUGAGACUAUUCUAGCCAGUAGAUUAUUUAGACUAAAUGUCUUUUGUAGGGCAGUAAUAAUUAUUUGAGUUUCCUGGUCAAGCUUUUCCCAGGUAUUCUCUAGUCUUGGUGCAAAAAAAAAAAAA